AGGGCCAACAUGCAUAGUUUGGUGGUGCAGGCACUUGCCAUGAGGCAGCUCGGAAGGUUGAACCCCCGUCACUUGCUCGCUGCUGGAUAUGGACUGAGACAGGCUGAAUGGUGUCCCAGGACCAUCCACACACGCCAGCUGUGGGGCUGCUCGGCUUUCCCCGCACUUGGCCGUCACAGCAGGCCCGCUCUCUGUGGCAGAGACACUGUCAGGGGUUGGUCCGUCCAUCCUCUGAGGUUUGGAAGCAACAAGAAGAAAAGUGCUGCUAGGUCAGUAAAGGAGGACGAGCAGGAAGAUGAAGAGGAAGACCAGGAUAAGAAAGACCAGGAGGACAGUGAUUAUGAAGAUGAGGUGGAUGAGAAAAUACCAGAGGGCUAUGAUGAAGUGAAGAAAUAUUUGCCGAACUUUAGCUUUGAGGCCGUCAUGAGACAUGGCAUGGGCAUAUCACGCCAAAAGAUUGUGAACUCCGUAGGUAACAACUUAAGGUUGAAUGGAAAACAAGCCAUGAAGAAAAGUUCUGUGAUACUUGGAGACACCUUGGACCUGGUAGUGUCGGAGAACACAAUAUCAAACACUGUUACUCUUAUUAGAAUCGUUAUCGUGGGGAUUAUGGGGGAUUCCAUUAUCCAACAAAAGUACAAUGUGACUCUACGGCGCUGGAAAUGUUUAGAGCUUCCCAAAGAUGAGGUCUUUAAGCAAUAUAAGUUAAGGUAAUAAGUUCUCAGUGGUUGUAGACAUUAAGCUGCUGUUUCAGAGACGGUUGAGUGUUUACCUUUCCCACUAUACUGUGAGACUCCUCCAAUAAAGGUGCACUUUGACA